CCAUCCAACAGCAGCAAAUCCAAACCUCAGAGGCCCUGCUGAGAUGGGAAAAAUCAUCGUUUAUGAGCAUAUCAACUUCCAGGGUAUGUCCAAAGAAUUCCACACCAACAUUGCCAACCUAAAAGAUGCAGAUUGGAAUGAUUGUAUCUCCUCAGUGAAAGUAAUUGGCCAUCCUUGGGUGGCUUAUCAGCAUGCAGACUAUAAGGGACACUUGCUGGUACUUGAGGAGGGAGAUCAUGACUUUGUUGGCAAAAAGAUGAAUGACAGGAUCAGCUCUCUGCAGGUGAUCACUGAAAAUCUGCACAACCCCCAGAUCACCCUCUAUGAGCACGCUGAUUAUCAAGGGAAGAGCAGAAUAAUAAGAGAAGCAACCAAUCUGGCCAGGGGACACGACAAUGACACCACAUCUUCCCACAAAGUCCAGAGAGGUGUCUGGCUGCUGUGUGAGCACAGCGAUGGAGGUGGAAAACAAUACCUUGCCAGAGAGCACGAGCACCUUCCAAAUUACAAGGCAAUCAAGUUCAAUGACAAGCUUUCCUUCCUGCGUCCCCUGCGCCCUGGCUGUGGCUGUUAGAAUGCAGAUCCUGCAGGGCUGAGGAAAGAUGCAGCGCCGGCAAGAAAUCUGAGACCUUGUUCUCCGCCUCUGCUUGCGUCACUUUUACCCCAGUGUCACAGAAUGUGAGAGCUCUCCUGCUCCACAAAUGGCUCUGCCAUUGUCUGUAAUCCAUUUUGUGUUGCUGCCAAUAAAGAAUCUUUUGCAAUC